GACGAGUCAGAAUCAACAUGUCAGAGUAAAUUCACCUGGAACACAGAACACGUUAAUGUUCUCACCUGAAGGAAAACCACGUCCCUUCCAGUAAAAAGCAGCAGACGUUGGACACGAUGAGGGAUCUGUUGUUUGGGUUUAAAAGCUCGGACGUGGGCCAGCUGCUGCUCUUCCGUAGAACCAGGAAGACCCUCCACCUCCGCAGGUAAAGCUGGAGGAGCCUGGACUCAUGUCUGACAGGGGAGACGAGAAGAAGAGUGGAGGCCAGACAGGAGGCAUGACAGAGGAGAAAUGUCCCCAGCUGGUGGACUACUUUGUGGUGGCAGGUCUGGACCCUGCGGGGCCCUGGAGGCCCCUGGACGAGGACGGCAGGACCUCCACCUCCUCCUCCUCGGCGUCCUCGUCGGUCCGGGCGGUGGAGCCGGUGACAGACCUGGUGGUGAUCGCUCGGGGUCUCGGAGAGGAGGUGCCGGAGGGCUUCACCUGCAUCGAGAAGACGCUGGGGGGACACUCUGCCGAGCUGAGUGCCGGCCUCAUCAACAACCCACACCUGUACCUGUGCUACCGGAGAGGGCGGGACAAACCACCCAUACUGGACCUGGGAGUUCUGUAUGAGGGGAAGGAGCAGCUGAAGCAGGGCUGGUACGUCAUCGAGACCACGCCUUACAGCCGCUCAGCCAGCCUGAGCUCGGGUGGAGCUCCCACCGCUCACCGGGUCUUCCUGACGUACCGUCGAGCUCUGGACUCGCAGGGCCUCCACACGCUGGGCGUCACCGACAUCGCCCUGCUGCUGCCCAGCAAGGGGGAGGUGGCGCCGCACACGUUCUGUCGGGUCGACAAGAACCUCAACACCAGCAUGUGGGGUCCAGCUCUGUUCGUCUGCUACAAGAGAGCCGUGGCCAAAGCCAACGCCCUGGUGUUCGAGGCCGGUCUCAUUAGUCGGUACCCGGAGGACGACCUCGACUCAUUCCCGCUUCCCGAGUCGGUCCCGGUCUUCUGUCUGCCGAUGGGCGUUACCGUGGAGAGCUGGCCCCUUAACUCCAAGUACCAGCUGCCUGUCUUCUCCACCUUCGUCUUCACCUCCGCCUCCGGGGACAAGGUUUACGGCGCCGCCAUCCAGUUCUACGAGACGUUCUCCAGGGAGCUGCUGUCGGAGCGGCAGAGCAUCCGGCUCGGCCUGCUCAGCGUGGUCGACCGGCGGCCGAUCACCUGCCGCAGCCUCCAGGUGAAGAAGAGCAUCUGCGUCCUGUCCCACUGGCCCUUCUUCACCGUCUUCCAGAAGUUCCUCACCUUCAUCUACAGAUACUCCAUCUCUGGACCGCACGUCCUGCCGCUGGAAAAACACAUCUCCAGCUUCAUGCACAACGUCCCGUUUCCUUCCCCCCAGCGUCCUCGCAUCCUUGUUCAGCUUUCGCCAUACGACAACCUGCUGCUGUGCCAACCGGUCUCCUCCCCCCUCCCUCUCAGUGGUGCGAGCUUCCUGAAGCUUCUUCAGAACCUUGGUCCAGAGAACGCCUGCACACUGCUCCUCGCUGUCCUCACCGAACACAAACUGCUGCUGCACUCGCUGCGACCCGACGUCCUGACCUCCGUCAGCGAGGCCUUCGUCUCGAUGACCUUCCCUCUACGCUGGAUCUGUCCCUACAUCCCUCUGUGUCCACUGAGGUUGGCUGACGUCCUGCUGGCGCCCAUGCCCUUCAUCGUUGGCGUCCACUCCAGCUACUUCGACCUGUACGACCCCCCUGCUGAAGUGGUCUGUAUUGACCUGGACACCAACACCAUCUUCCAGUCAGAAGAAAAGAAGGUGUUGUCAUGGCGAUCGUUACCCAGGAAACCCGGCAAGACUUUGUUCAACACCCUGACAAACCUCCACAAGACCCUGGAGAAGAUUUGCAGUUCCGGCCAGGAGGAGGCGACGCUGGAGUUCCUGCUGACGGACUACGACCAGAUCUACAGGCGGCAGAAGCAGCUGGAGCUGGAGAUCCAGGAGGCGUUCCUGCGCUUCAUGAGCUGCCUGCUGCGGGGGUACCGAGCCUUCCUGUUGCCCAUCACGACGGCGCCGUCGGACACCGCCACUGACUGCAGCUCCCUCUUCAACCUGCAGGGUUUUCUGAAGUCUCGGGACCGGACCCAGCAGAAGUUCUACACCCAGUUGACCCGGACUCAGAUGUUCACACAGUUCAUCGAGGAAUGCUCCUUCGUCAGUGACCGACACGCCUGCCUCGAGUUCUUCGACGAGUGCGUCCAGAAGGUGGACGUGGAGAAACCGGAGGAGGUGAGGCUGAUCGAUCUGGAUGAGACUCACUGCGGAGAGCAUACCGUCUUUAUCAUGCCUCCAGAAGAGCCGCAGGAAGCCGACGGCUCCGAGAGCCCCGCCCUCUACAGUUACGAGACCUUCCCCACCCUGAAACCAGAGCUGUUUGACCGACCUCAGGACCAGCUCCGGGUCCCGGCUAAAGGCAGCGCCCCCAGCAGCCCCGCCCCCCGACGUACCAAACAGGAGAUCAAGUUGGCCCAGAAGCGGGCUCAGAAGUACUCUGCGGUUCCAGACAUGUGGUCCAAGUGUCUGCUGGGUCACUGUUACGGCCUCUGGUUCAUCUACCUGCCCACCUUCGUCCGGGCCGAAAGCGCCAAGGUCCGCGCCCUGCACACUGCCUACGACGUCCUCAAACACAUGGAGAACCGCAAGGUGGUGCUGCCGGAUGAGGUGUGUUACCGGAUCCUGAUGCAGCUGUGUGGCCUGUACGGUCAGCCAGUCCUCGCGGUCCGGGUCCUGCUAGAGAUGAAGAAGGCUGGAAUCACACCCAACACCAUCACCUACGGAUACUACAACAAGGCCGUUCUGGAAAGCAAGUGGCCGUCCACCAAUCAGGGUGGACGUCUCCUCUGGGCCAAGCUGAGGAACGUCCUGUUGGCUGUGGCCCAGUUCAGACAACCAAUCAGACGGCGGGAGAAGAGCAGCUCCGUGGGAUCCAGAGGAGAUCCUGCUAUGGACCCGGAUCAAAGGCCCCGCCCCCACUCCGCUCUGAUUCGUCAGUCCAGCUGGAGCGGUCUGAGUGAAAGCUCCAGUCACGAGUCUUUGACCGGUCACAUGGUGAAGAGCAGCAGCCUGAACAGCAUGAAGACAUCCAGCGACAAGAUCAGACCUUCCAAGAAGACCCUCCUGCCGAACUCUGGGACGAAUGGCCAUGGAGACAUCAGCUCUGGGAAACCUCCUCUGGGACGGCGAGACACGUCCACGCCACCUCCAGCGACCCCCGGUGGACUGGUGGUCCGUCGCAGUCAGGUCUGCCUUUCCAACUUCCACAACGAGUGCACAGAGUCGGCCGACAUGGAGGCAGACUACCGCUGUCAUCCGGCAUCAAGAGACGGCAGACCUGCGGGAGCUCGAGACUCCGCCCACAGGAACAAGGUCGUGGACGAGAACUGCAACAACGUCUCCUCCCCAAGCCGAGGAGGUCUGGCAGGAAAACUGCAGCAGCUCCUCACGCCGACCAAACACAGAACGUCGUCCCGACGGGCCGCCAGCGUUGACGACCGGCGACCAGGAGGAGGAGGAGGAGGCAUAGGACGAAGAGUAUCGGAUCAGAGGCAUUCCAGGAAGUCUCAUGUAGCAGAGACGCUGCUGAAAGCCAAGGAGAAGCUGGUGAACGCCAACUCAGAGAGCUCGCUGUCUGUAGGAAGUGACCUCGACCUGACGGACACGCCCACGCCGGCGUACCCUCUACGCAGAUCCUGGGAUGCCGAUCAGGAGGGGGCGGGGAUGGAGGUUCUGAUGUCCAGCUGCUCGCUUUGCCGCAGCUGUAACUCGCUGGUCUACGACGAGGAGAUCAUGGCCGGCUGGACGUCGGACGACUCCAACCUCAACUCGUCCUGCCCGUUCUGCUCCGCCUCCUUCGUCCCUUUCCUGAACGCGGAGAUCUGUAACCUCGGACCCGUCAACAGUUCUGAACGCUGCAACUUGAACCUGGAAGAUGAGGUGGAGAGCGUCGCGAGGCCCCCUAGUGGCCAUGAGACGUCCCAGAGGCUCCAGUGCAACGGACUAGGCGAGGACUCCAGUUCUGAGACCAGCAGCUACUCUGAGAACAGCAGAACCACUGCGGGCUCAUUGGUGGGCGGGACCCCUCAGGUAGCGGUGGCUUACCUGAGUCCUCUGGUUCUGAGGAAGGAGUUGGAGAGUCUGCUGGAGAACGAGGGGGAAGCAGUCCUGGCCCAGCCUCAAUUCCUGGACAGCCAUUCCAUCAUCUUCUGGAACCUGGUUUGGUACUUCCAGCGGCUCGGCCUACCCAGUAACCUGCUGCAGCUGGUGCGGAGCUCACCAUUGGUCAGCCAGUUCACACAGGCUUCCCAGUCGGAGAACUCUGCGGUAAGGGUUCGACUCAUGUGGGACACCCUGACCCCCGACACAGACCAGUGGCCCCCCCUCUACAUCCUGUGGAGAAUCCACAGUGGCGUUCCCAUGAGGUGCUACAGCUGGCGGCGGCAUAACCACCCGUUCACCAUAUCCUUCCUGGAGGAGGUUCUGCGCUGGGUCGGCAUGAACGAGGUCCACAAGGCCGUCACCCUGUUCCUGGACACGCUGGCCAAGCAGCCGGGAUCCCCGCGUGUCCAGAGGAGUUUGUACAGGGAGUUCCUCUUCCUCACUCUGGCAGCUAUGGGCAAAGAUCACGUUGCCGCGUUCGAUAAGAAGUUCAAGGCGGCGUACUCGCGGCUCAACGGGACUCUGGGUCGAGAGGAGCUCCAUAAGAAGCGAGCGCAGCCGCCCAGCCCCAAAGCCAUCGACUGCAGACGGAGCUUCCACCCUCCUCUGGAGUGCUGAAGGAGCCUCGCUCCACCUCUCUGCUGCCUCCUGGUGGAUGCUGCUGGUCCUCGCCUCAUCUCAGAUCCUGGCCGCCGUCCAGCAGCAGGCGGAGUCGCAGUUCUUCCCAUCGUCAGACUGGAAAACAUACGGAUUGGUUAGCACCUCCAGAUUCCUGCUGCAUGUCUCGGCUGUCUGGGAAUCUUCUGGACUUAAACUGGAAAUGUUUGAACUGUAGAGGGUUUUAUUGGAAGAAAAGUCAAACAUGGAUCAGGAAACACCACUAACAGAAGCUCCAGGUCUCUGAUCAGCUUUUCCUGCAGAGGGAACAGACUAGGUCAUGGUUUUUUAGUUCCUGUACAACAAAACAUUUCCUUCAGUUCCAUCAUCAUCCUCUGAAGACCUGAGAAGAUGAAGAGCACUCCUCAUCAGGAUGUUCGCUGACUUCCUGGACUUGGAUCCAGAUCUGAUCCUGAGCUGAUCUAAAGGAACUUUCUGGUUCUGGAUGAGAGAAGUGGGUUCAGGCUGACCUCAGAUAUGCUCUGUUGCCAUGGAAACAUCAUUGGAGGACUGGAAGAUUAUGGUUUUUAUACUCCACUGAACAUUUGGUUGUUUUUGUUUUGUUUACAAAAUCAGAACCAACAACCGUGCUCUGAUCCGGGUCUGAUCCAGAUCGUUAGUUCUGCUUGUUUUUUUGCCUCCCGUCUUCUCCGCUAACACGCCCCCCUCUGAUUGGCUGCAGAUGUGAUGAUGUCAGAAAUACUCACCUGCAUGUUUAUCUGAAAGAAAAACUGGAGUUUAUGUUUUUAUCUGCUCGGUUCUCUGGUCGGUCCAGUGAGCAGAACCAGAACCAGAACAAAAAAAAAGGUUUUAGAUGUUUUUUUAUGUUAGGAGUGGAGCCAGACCUGGACCAGUGUGGAGCAUGCUCAGUCCGACCCGCGUGUCUCCUGGCUGCUUGCUUGUUUGCUUCGAGGCCUCUCGGCUGCAGGGGUCAAACCCACACCUCUCCAUCAUGGUUCCUCCAUAGUCACUGAAGACCAGUUCCAGAUCCGAGAGCUCAGACCACCUUACACCAAACUGAGAGGAAAACAUGCAGAUCCACAAAGACCUGGUUCUGAUCCUGAAGUUGGUCCUUCAGACCAUCAGACUGUAGAAAGGAUCCAGCAGGGGGCGCUGCAGCGUCAGCUGACCUGGUGGUCCUGUUACCUCGCAGUAAGGGGGUCCACUUCUGGUCCUGGAGGUCCUGUUCUGGUCCUAAUGAUCUAGUUCUGUUUCUAGAGGUCCUGUUGUGGGCCUGGAGGUCAAAUUCUGCUCCAGAACCAGACCUGGACCCCUCUGGAAGCUGAUGUUGGGUUUCUCUGUUUCCAGGUUUGUUUUAUUGAUGCUGCAUUCAAAGACAAUUUUUAAUUGAACUUUCUAAAUUCUAGAAAUGAGUGAAAAAAAUAACAUCUGAUCAGGAUCCUGAUCUGGAUCUGGAUCCUCAUCAGUAAAACUGGACUCAAAAUUUGAGUUCCCAUUUCCAAGGUUCAGUGAACACAUCGUGAUGUGAAGCUGUGGGUGAAGAUGAAGGCUGUAUGGUUCUGGUCUGAUCUGGUUCUGGUCUGAUCUGGUCCUGGUCGGAUCUGAAUCACCUGGUCCCCUCUGCUGACAUCACAGGUGGGAGGAGCUAAGGUGAGUAGCGGUAACUGAUCAGUUUCUGAACGAUAAUUGAGGUCAGCUGAGCGGCUCGGAGCACAAACGUGUGUGUGCGUGGAUAUUCCUACCCUCCAGGUGUCUGUGAACGCAGCGUUUCACUGAAGGUUUUAUUGCUGGUAUAAUUUAUAUUUGGGCUGUAAAUGUUUGUUUUUUAAGAAAAUAAAGAUGGCGGUGAAACUGCA